AACGGACCCAACUACGGACAAUACGGCCCAGGAUCAGCUGCUGCCGCUGGUGCCGCUGCCUCAAGUGGACCAAACAACGGACAAUAUGGACCAGGAUCAGCUGCUGCUGCUGGUGCCGCUGCUUCAAGUGGACCAAACGGACCCAACAGUGGACUAAACGGACCAGGAUCAGCUGCUGCCGCUGGUGCCGCUGCCUCAAGUGGACCAAACAACGGACAAAAUGGACCAGGAUCAGCUGCUGCUGCUGGUGCCGCUGCCUCAAGUGGACCAAACAACGGACUAUACGGACCAGGAUCAGCUGCUGCUGCUGGUGCCGCUGCCUCAAGUGGACCAAACAACGGACUAUACGGACCAGGAUCAGCUGCUGCCGCUGGUGCCGCUGCCUCAAGUGGACCAAACGGACCUAACAGUGGACUUUACGGACCAGGAUCAGCUGCUGCCGCUGGUGCCGCUGCCUCAAGUGGACCUAACAACGGACUAUAUGGACCAGGAUCAGCUGCUGCCGCUGGUGCCGCUGCCUCAAGUGGACCAAACGGACCCAACUACGGACCAUACGGCCCAGGAUCAGCUGCUGCCGCUGGUGCCGCUGCCUCAAGUGGACCAAACGGAGCUAACAGUGGACUUUACGGACCAGGAUCAGCUGCUGCCGCUGGUGCCGCUGCCUCAAGUGGACCUAACAACGGACUAUAUGGACCAGGAUCAGCUGCUGCCGCUGGUGCCGCUGCCUCAAGUGGACCAAACGGACCUAACAGUGGACUUUACGGACCAGGAUCAGCUGCUGCCGCUGGUGCCGCUGCCUCAAGUGGACCUAACAACGGACUAUAUGGACCAGGAUCAGCUGCUGCCGCUGGUGCCGCUGCCUCAAGUGGACCAAACGGACCUAACAGUGGACUUUACGGACCAGGAUCAGCUGCUGCCGCUGGUGCCGCUGCCUCAAGUGGACCUAACAACGGACUAUACGGACCAGGAUCAGCUGCUGCCGCUGGUGCCGCUGCCUCAAGUGGUCCAAACGGACCCAACUACGGACCAAACGGACCAGGAUCAGCUGCUGCCGCAGGUGCCGCUGCCUCAAGUGGACCAAACGGACUUAACAGUGGACUUUACGGACCAGGAUCAGCUGCUGCCGCUGGUGCCGCUGCCUCAAGUGGACCUAACAACGGACUAUAUGGACCAGGAUCAGCUGCUGCCGCUGGUGCCGCUGCCUCAAGUGGACCAAACGGACCCAACUACGGACAAUACGGCCCAGGAUCAGCUGCUGCCGCUGGUGCCGCUGCCUCAAGUGGACCAAACAACGGACUAUAUGGACCAGGAUCAGCUGCUGCUGCUGGUGCCGCUGCUUCAAGUGGAUCAAACGGACCCAACAGUGGACUUGACGGACCAGGAUCAGCUGCUGCCGCUGGUGCCGCUGCCUCAAGUGGACCUAACAACGGACUAUAUGGACCAGGAUCAGCUGCUGCCGCUGGUGCCGCUGCCUCAAGUGGACCAAACGGACCCAACUACGGACCAUACGGCCCAGGAUCAGCUGCUGCCGCAGGGUCAGCUGCUGCCGCUGGUGCCGCUGCCUCAAGUGGACUAA